GCAUCCGUUUGCCCUGAUGUGGAAGUGCAAUUGCUGGAAUCGGUUGUGACUGUAGUACACACUGCAACGCUGCAGCACUAUUUCGAAGAAGAAGUAGAAAGAGAAGAAGAAGAAGAAGAAGAAGAAGAAGCCAGGCAAUGACGACGAUCACUCACACAUGAAUCAUACUGUCACCGUCACACUGCUGUAUUAUUAUCUUACACAUCCCCCCCCCUUUUCCCCACCGGUACUGUCUGUCCCCUGACAGACUCUUCAAAGCUCCUCCUCCUCCGCGCAUUGCAUUGCACUGGAGCUUCUUUUUCUAUUUCCCAUACCCGAGGAGACCAGGUGGUAUGCUGUCAUGAUGAAGUUAGGUUACCAACUUAUACUGUAGUCUUCGAACGCGUUGCGUAGUGUAACUUAUCUUGCUUCUGGGAGCCGGCUGUGUGAGUAAUACUUGUCGACCACUGUUCAUACUCACUCAGUUACUCCCUCGCUGCCUGGUAUUCAUCUCAAGCUUAGGAGUUUCGCGAGCUCCAGUUGUCGCGCUGCUGCAGAGGAGGAUGAUUCACUACCGAGCUGGCCGCGAGGAGUGGGCAGAUGAGAGAAGGGAUGGUUGAGUCCGGUGUGGUGAGGACCUCGAGAACUGACGAUUUGAGAAUGUGACUCAUUUCGAGGAGCUAUGCUGUUGUUUGGAGCUAAUUUAGCCCAGCUGCUGUUUGGGGGGUUAAGAAGGGGUUUCAUGGUCACUGUAGUUUACUUAAUUAGGAAGCAUAUUUGAGGCUGAGGAGAGUGGAAGCCUUGUGUAGUGGAGGCUUGGUGCUGGAAGCUCCGGAAAUUGUCCUGCCUUACGGUACAUCGUCUCUAUCAAAGGUGCACUGCAGUACCAAGCGAUAUCCUUAGUGCUAUUGCUGCAGCACUAACUCCUUUUGGGAGUGCUUGACUGAGGUACUGCAGGGGAACCACUGAUGCCGUGCCUGGACAAUGUGCCGUUACAGUUUUUUCAAAGUUGAGUCUUGAUUGGCUUUGCAGUUACUGCCAAAGAUUAAGCGCACUGGUAACGCUAAUGUUUUCUUUUCAUCCAUCACCACCACCUCCUCCUUCCCCUCCUCCGUCUGUAUCGAGAUCGCAGCUGCUGCCAUCUUCUCUCUUUAUCUUGCCAUUCUUGAGUGGCAGUCUAACAGUUUGAUUAAGUAGUGACGUGGUUACCGCUUUUCGUUUUCUUCCUUUAACAGUAUAUCAAUCACUACGUUGUACCUUAAAAGCAUUCUUGAUGUCUCGGAAAACCUCUAUGAAAGGAAGUCAUGUGUAGGACUUUGACGAGCCACCCGUCAAUCGUAAUAAGAGGAGUUCGCAAUGGCCUAGAUUGAGCACCACUUAGCUUCUGCUACCGUUCGGGCUCAAGGGUUCAUGGGUACCCAGACUUAGUGAGGCAGCACGCGAUAACUAUAUGCGUACUGGACAUAGGCGCCUGUCUACUCUUGGUUUUGGUGAAUGUUUUUAUUCGAUGAUAAUAAUCCUGUGAGAGCUUCAAAAUUUCAAGCUUUGUAGAUGUCAAUAACCACUAAUAGCAGCGCAGAUCCAAGAAACAAACUUAGGGGGUGAUUAUAUUACAUGGCUAUGUCGCCCAAACGUCGUUGAGAGGAUUCAAGGAGAAUAAGAUUUGGCGCUGCCAAUACAAAAAUUCGCAAUAUCCAAUGGGAGACAAGAAUGCCCCGCAGGGUCUUGCCCACAAGGUUUUCUCGGCCAGGCACAGAGCGAAGCUUUUGCUACCCUUUUGUCUUCUCGUUGUCGGCAUUGUUUGGAGCUCCUCAAGCUUGAUACCUUUCAGCUCCAUGCCCGGAUCUCGCGUUUACUUGCGUCAGUGCGCAACCUGCGCCCCAGAAGCGGUACUUUCAGGAGAUAACCUUGAAGAGGUGGGAGGUUCUACAACUCUUCAAUUAAAGGAGAGUCUCAACGUGCAAGAUGGUCGGCAUCCUCAAGCAGACACUAGGUCACAAUUAGCUGCUGGCAAAAAUUCCAAGGCUGGAGAUGCAAGAAGUGGCAAGAAUGCAGCUCUAGCGGGGAAAAAACCGAGGAAAACACUGGUACCUGAUUUAGCUCUAUCAGCGACGGUGGAGACAGAGGAUUCACCCCUAGGUAGAAAAUCUUUCUCCAAAGAAGACGAUGAAGAAGACACCCAGCCUGACAAACCAGUAGAAAUGGAGGAAAUGGACAUUCUCCGCACGGAGCUUUCUGCUGCUCUGAUGCAGAGUGAGAAGCGUGCACACGGUGGCGACACUCGCAUAACUGGCGAUUUGUAUGCGAACGGUGACAGAUACGCGUUGCGAAUCCUCGACGAGAUUAGGUCUAAUUCGGCUCCCCCCUCAGAGAAUUCAUCGAGCACAGAUGGAGGCUCUUGCAAAGGGAGGUACAUUUACGUCUACGAUCUACCUUCGGAAUUCAAUGUCGACCUUGUGAAAAGGUGUGACUCUCUUCUGCCAUGGUUUGGCCUCUGUGAGUACUUCCAGAACUCAGGAUUCGGUAGAGUUGUUGCACCAGAGGGAGGAAAGAAUGACUCUUCUCAGAUUCUACAGCCUGCCAAGCGAUGGUUCAACACGCACCAAUAUUCCUUGGAGCUCGUCUCCCAUGCUCGGAUUCUGAAGUAUCGGUGUCGGACGGACGACCAGAGCAAAGCGUCCUUGUUCUAUAUUCCGUACUAUGGUGGACUUGAUGUGAUCCGUUGGCACUGGGCUCUAAAUGCCACGAAUGAGAAGCGUGAUGCCCUUGGCCGGAAGCUGGUGCGCUGGCUUGAGAACCAGCCGUCGUGGAAUCGGCGCGGGGGACUCGACCAUGUGCUGGUGUUGGGCAAGAUUUCAUGGGAUUUCCGGCGUCAGAUCACGGGGGAUUGGGGAAGCAGGCUGCUGGAAUUCUCCGAAAUGCAGAAGGUAACGAAACUGCUCAUAGAGCGCAACCCAUGGCACAAAAACGACAUCGGCGUGCCACAUCCCACUUUCUUCCAUCCCAAAUCUGCUUCAGACAUCCGUCGCUGGCUGACACACGUCGAAUCCCAAGACCGGAAGAACCUCGCAAGCUUUGUCGGGAAAGAUCGCCACCUAGAUCCGAACAAUGUCCGCGGCGCCCUCAUCGACCAGUGCCGCAACGCAUCAGCACACAACGACUGCUUCUUUCUAGAAUGCGAGCGCGACAAGUGCUUGCUACCAGCGUACGUUACCAGGGUUUUCCUCACGUCCCACUUUUGCAUGCAACCACCCGGGGAUAGCCCGACUCGACGCUCCGUGUUCGAUUCUCUUGUUGCAGGCUGCAUUCCUGUCUUAUUCCACCCCUGCACGGCGUACCUGCAGUACCCGUGGCACCUCCCCAGCAACACUUCCUCCUGGUCGGUAUACAUCUCCGAGAACGACGUCAAGUCGGGCAAAGUGAACGUCAUGGACGUUCUGAAAAAAAUCUCCAAACACGACCGCGACGCCAUGCGCAGAGUGAUCCUCAAGGACAUCAUUCCCAAAAUCAUCUACGGGGAGCCUGGUGCGGAUAUCGCGCCCUUCAAGGACGCAUUUGACAUUGUGCUGGAGAAUCUCUUGUAUCGCGCCGCCCACUCUCCUGACCUGGAGCAACUCUCCCAGAACUAACCCCGCACCAAAGACGAUCGAUGAUUAGCUCCGAAAGGGUCAGUCAUCUCGUGUACUAGCCGGAUGAGAGUGCGGGGUUCAAUCCUUCAUAUCCACAGAGUUUUGCUGCACACUGAUCUAUCGAGCAAACUGAAGGUUUGAAUGUGGGUACGAUUGUGCGCAGUCUCUCGAAACUCCAAACCAGCAGCCGACUGAUCAGGCUGCAUGGUUGCUCAUGGAGCAGCAACAUGGUUUCGACAAACCUCCAGAGUUAGUGUUAUAGCUCUAAAAGUAUGGUUAAACCAGCUUUGCAGCUCGGGAUUAUUGUAGGAUUGUAGCAUCGAUAGCCAGUAACCAUGGUUUCAAUGGCCUGGCCCUAGUGUGGUCCUCCAUGUACAGCACCAGUGCCCAGCUUGCUCAUUUAAUCAUUCCUUCUCCGCGAAUUCAUUCCA